AUGUUUCGCGUUGUGCCGUCCAGGGAUCAAUGGUUGCUCCGCGAUCCAAGCAAGCUACCACACAGGGCAGGCGGUGUAACCCCACCACCUACCGUUGGUGUACGUGCCGCAGUAGCCUGCCAUGCCGCAACUUCAUCAAGCAAAUCAGUCGUGUUCCUUCACCGAAACUACGACCCUCCCUUGCUUGAUCAUACCGGCCGACGACGACGAAGAAACUUUGGGAGGCGUCUUGCCCAUCCGAUUGCCGAUCCGACCCCCCUCUGCCUCUGUGAAGCUUCACAAUGUGCCAGAAAUGAGCCAGCCAUCGGAUCCAUGGCUCGAAAUGCCGGAGCAACGCCGUCGGGUCCUCGCAGGAGACCGCGAUGGUCUCACCUUCGACAGUUGAGUGCGGCCAGUGCAGGCAGCCAUGACCGUCCCGUCCCGGACUUGCUCGGUUCGCCGGGCAGCACCUCGGCGCACUCCACCAUCAAAGACGGCAGCCGUUGUCACCGGGAACGGUACUGCCAUGCUGCCGUCAACGAGGGCUAUGCCCGAGACGAGGUCCUCCUCAACCUCGACCUCCUCGACGGCGAAGUCGUACCCGGCUCCCUCAUGUCCAUCACGCCGGUGCCAAAGGGUGACUCGUCGAGGUCCAAUUCUAGCGCGUACGGCAGCAUCAGCAAGCAACCUCAUGAUCGCUCCGAAGGCUCAAAGGUUGCUUCCGCCAGCCAUGCCGAUCUCGACUGCCGCCACAAUCGAUACAUCUUCGUUGCCAAGGAUAUGCCCAAGGAGAUCAAGGCCCGCCAACCGGACGUCGAGGUCUACGUCGUCAAGCACAUUGCCGAUGCUUUUGGCAUCAAGAGGGGCACUCAACUCUUGCUUGCCCCGGUCGACAAGGACCACCCGGCCAUCGAGGCGACGCACGUGGAGAUGACGUUCAAGGAUCAAUAUCUGUCCCGAGCAGACAUGUGGAGGUUGACGGUUGGCGAGCUGACGCAGAAAACCGUCUACAAAGGACAAUCGAUCCUCUUCAUGGGUACCAUCAAGGCCCAAAUCACCGCCGUCUUCGUUUCCGGCCAAAACGUCCAUUCCGCCUUCUUCGUCCGGGAUACCCGGCCCAUCUUUCGCAGCGAGUCGGCUCGAUAUGUUCUCUUCAUCCAAAUGUCCCGCGAGAUGUGGGAUUUCGACUCGGAAAGCUCCGGCGAGAUCAUGUUCACCAAGGUCGUCAACGGCUUCCUUCCCGCCUUGUUCAAGCGUUGGGCCUUGUUGAAGGUAAAGCAUCUCGUCAGCAUCGUCCUCUUCGCCCGCGUCGAGUACGACACCGGCCUGUCGAGCGAGCUGGCCAGCACCGCCUUGCAGGCCGACUACUAUACCGGCAUCCAGCCCUCCGACGGCCGCCGACCCUACAAGGACUUUUAUCGCGUCGUGGUCAGCCAGAUGGCCAGUGGGGAGUGGACAAAGAUCCUCUACCAGCUGAAGCGGGAGCUAAACUUUUUCCGCCGAGACAUAAGUCUGCAUCAUCAAACCGUCGGUGCCUUCCCCGACCUCUGCUGCGACGAACAGAAAUUCAAAGAUGGGCCCCUCAGUCGCGUCGUGGCCGAAUCGUCACUCUCCAUCCACGGAAAUGUUCUCGAGGCCAUCAACCUCGCCGCCUCUCAGUUCUCGCAUGACUACAUUGACAGGGACCUCAUGCGAACGGGCGUCUCCAUCGCCGUCAUCACACCGGGACCCGGUGUGUUUGAAGUCGACUACCAAACGUUGCGGAGGACCACCGAGGCAUUAGUUGGCAACGGCAUUGGCAUUGACCUCAUCUGCAUGCCCCGGAUGCCUCUGCACUCCGUUCCCCUUUUCAAGUACAAGAACCCGCAGUUUUCCGAUGAGAACCCUCUCGGUCACGGUCCGCCUCUCGCCCAUCCGUUCCAAACCCACGACAGCACCCCAAACCAGCCGACGCCAGUUGUGGGCAGCUACCAGUCCGUUGUUGAAUCCUUCUCCCCGACCAAAGCCUCCGCCGUCGUCCGUCCCGUCGACGCUCCGGCCUCUCUGCCCACCAAUGAGGAGUGGUGUUACGCCCUUCCUCAAUGGCUGCAUGUGUCGUUCUGGACUGGCGAGUCGGACGAAGCCCUAUCGUACGCGGGCAUCGCUCACUCGGUGUCGAAAAAGGUAAGCCAGGAAAGCGAGGAUGAAUUCACCGUCAGGUGUCGCAUGUACGACCUGCAGAUGCGAAGCGUGCUCGAUGCCAACGAGAUCGAGGCAGCACCUCUGCAAUCGGAUCCGCACUAUCCAAUUCACGCCAUGGAUGGCAGUCCAAAUGGCACGAAACGUCGUCAGGAUCGUAUCGGUGACAUCCUGUAUCUACCAAAUCGGCGUGUCCCGGAAGGUCUGGUGGACAACGUUAUUGGAUUUCAGAAAUUUUCCCCGGACCGGCCUCGGUCCACGGACAAGUCGCUUUGGAAACAGCUGGAAGAGUUUGACGACUCGAGGAGUCGCUAUUCGGUAGCCAGGCAUCACUCGUCAAAGCACAAGUCGGAGCUGGACACCGUUUCGCGGAGGAAUGCAGAUGAUUCCAAUGUCCUUGGAACAUCCCUUCCGGAGCGAAGAGCCGUCGGGCACACGAUGACUUCCCGGAAGUUCUCCUUGACCACGGCUGAAGUGGAGAAGCCCAGCAUGGAUGCGACGGAACAGAAACGCAGCCGGCCAGCGAUUGCACCAAAGGUUCCCGUGGCUGCAGCGCCGCCAAAGGCGCCGAAGCCAUCGAAGCUCAUGAGACACAUUAGCCUCGGCCAUCGUGGUUUUGGUAUUGCCGCCCCAAAGGUGGCAGCGGCCGAAGUCAAGGCGGAAACGGUCAGCGCUGCGGUUGUCCCGGCUGGUGUCCUACGCCCACCUUCCACCGCCCGAUCCAUCUCGGAAUUCAGACCGACAACCCCCCGUGCGACCGAGAGUCACUCGGACAACGUUUCCGCGAGGAAGAGUCAAUCGGAUCUUCGCGAUCGCGCCCCCGCGGGUCUGUCAUCAACGCCGAGCAUCCCUAUAUCGAGACAAGAAGGUCACCGCAAGUCGGACUCCAAAACCAGCCGGCCGAUGCCACUACCUGUCACCGGUCUGCAGCCUGGUUCCUCCCGACGGGAGAGGCGGUUGGACGAUCAUGACGUCCGGUACUCCACCGUACUUCGGGCGGAAGAUGCGCAGAAGGUGUAUACAAACAAGCUGCGAGCAGGCGUGUCCGAGCUGCCAACCACCUUGUCCCCUAUGACGGCCAUUACGCCCUGGUUGACUCUCCUGAACCCGUCGAACCCCGAGAAUCACCGGAUUGACGAUACUGUAUUGUAUAGCCGAUGGCAGCACGUGUUCCCCCGGACGUCGGAUAUGAAGGUUCAGAAAUGGAAGACUCUUUGCUGCCCGGCCGCGGUGCCGCUGACGACGGAGUACUUCCCCUCCAAGGCUCAGUUCGAUGCGGAAUACCAGAGACAUCCGUACAGCGUCGACCAGAAUGCCGACGACGACUUGGCCGAAGAACCAAAAUCGCGGCAAGAGUUCAUGAAGGAGCUCAUCAGCAUGCGUUUCUCGCAAGGCUUCCAAGUCAUCGUCGGACCGCUCGUUGCCAAGGCAUUCGGCCAAAAGAUCAUCAAGGUCGCCGACGUCUUUGCCCGAGAUCAAACGCUGGAUGACGGCACAAGCGUGUUCAUGUCUGUCGGCAACACCAUCCAUCAGCUCUCCUGCGUCAACGGCACCGAGGUCGAGGUCAACAUUUACCUACGGAAGCCGACGGAGCCAUCCGCCUCGGCUCAGGGCUUCCCCGCCGUGUACAAACCCGCGAUACGGACAGACCUGGACGGCGAGUAUGAAACGAGACAUAUUGACAUACUUACGCCAAGGCCGGAGCGAAAUUGGAACAUGAUCGAUUCCUACCUCGCCGGUCAUCAUGAGCAAAUGAUGGAAAGUCUGAGAUUCUGGCGUGCGAGAUUCGUCCUCAUUCCUCUCGGCCCAAAACACCCAUCGAUUUCGAGGUGUCAGAGCGGGGACAAUCCAGAGGAGCUACGGAUCGAAGGCAUCAAGCGCCUAACUCAACUCUGGCAGAAGAAUCGCUAUCUGUCUCCGUACGAGAAGCGUUUUCAAUCGUAUGAUAACCGGCGCAACCCAUUGGAUAUCAUCUACAAGACCGACGAUCCAUCCGUCGUCAUUGCGGCCGAGCUUGGAACACUGCCGUUGCUGGAAGGCCAAGACGGUGUUCAAAGAAGGGGCAAGCUCGUGACGAGAAAAGAGCGGUUUCAGAAAAGUCAUCUGAAUCUUGCGGCGUUGGCAGAGGCCAUCCAACAGCCGGUGGAGAAUGGCGGCGUCCCGUUGCGAAACCGCAGGUGGCAUCUUCGCAUGCACAACGCCGCCUUCAUUGGCUCGGACAUGACCACCUGGCUUCUCGACAAUUUUGAAGACUUGGAGGAUCGCGAAGAGGCAGAGCAGCUCGGAAAUGCUCUGAUGAUGCAGGACGACGCCAAGGGCAAGCCCAAAGAAGGCACGGACGGCAACAGGGGAGACAAAGAACGCGGCUUGUUUGUCCAUGUGGAGAGGCGUCACAAGUUCCGCGAUGGAAACUACUUUUACCAGAUUGUACCCGAGUUUGCCAAGCUCCAGCCGGGCUGGUUCAGCUCGAGACGGCGUGAAGCUUCAGCGCCGUUGGCGCAAAUGUCAGACGGCAGUCGGGGCUCGCCGCACAUGGGCUUCUCACGGAAAGCGGACUCCUUCGAGGAGCAAGCGCCCGACUCUCUGUCGGCGACACCCACAAUGUCGGCAUCGUACGGAGGCAAGAACCGUCCGAGGGUCCAUCUUAGCAAGAUGAUCAAGUACGACGUGGAUCCCCGAAGGAGGUCAUAUCGCCCUGAGCGGAUCGACCUGCACUACGACCGCCUACACAACCCAGACAGCUGCUUCCACAUACGGAUAGACUGGAUGAACGCAACCUCAAAGCUCGUCUUGGAUGUGAUUGAAAGCUGGGAACGUGAAGCGGGACAGUACGGCUUGCGGCUGGUCGAAGUGCCCAUCAAUGAAGCCAGCAUGGUGACGUCCUCUAAUCCGUUCCGCAAGCCGUAUCUGAUCAAGCUUGCGGCACGUCCGCCGGACGAGAAACCGGACGCAUUGUACGAUCCGAGCUCGCUGGGGUUGCAGACGGCGCCUAGUAAGCAUUUCUACCAAACGGCUAUUCUGAAAAGCUUCGAUUUCGUCCUCGACUUUGAGGCCGCGUCCAACUUCCCCGGCAACGUCGACGUGCGCUACUCUUGGGGAAGGCCCGAUUUCAAGUACACGCAGUACAUACACCGAUCUGGAUCGCUUAUCGCCCAGAUCACCGAUGACGGCAACUUCCUAGUCCUCGAAAACCGGCUCCUCAGCAAGGGCCCGACUACCGGUCGUGACAAGGAGUUUCGGUCGCAGGGCUUCGCGGAUCAACCCCAUCUUGACCGCGCAGGCCGCCUGAUGAGCAUCGGCGGCGCUCAUGGGGCCUACGGUCGCCCCGAUCCUGCGGCGGGCGUCUCGCCCACCGUCUGGCCCGCAUUCCCUUAUUUCUCGCCCGCCGUUCGACCGGCCGAUGCUGCGAGCAAGCAGUCACGUCGGGCAAGCGAAGCGAAGGAUGUCAAGGAUGGGCUCGAAACGCUCUGCCACGACGCCGCCGCUCUCGAGGCCUUCUACGGCGAGACUUUUGACAAGGGUCAGCACGUGCACGAUACGCCCUCUUCGGUGUCCACGGCGCCGCAUCUCGAGCCCGUUCCCGAGGCAAGCAUCCCGUCGCUCGGACUUCCGCCAGGCGUGCUGGGCAACCUCGAUGGUGGAGCUGGGGCAGCUGCCACAACCGCUGCGGCGGCACGACUCGGAAGCCCCAUGGUGUUUUUGCGGAGGGGAAGCGUUCAGUAUGAUGGGAUGGGUCUGGGGUCUCGGGGCAAGUAG